UCAGCCAUGGCGGACGAGGAGCUGGAGGCGCUCCGGCAGCAGCGGCUGGCCGAGCUGCAGGCCAAGCACGGGGAUCCUUCUGGUGAUCCAUCACAACAGGAAGCAAAACAAAGGGAAGCAGAGAUAAGAAAUACUAUUUUAGCGCAAGUUCUUGAUCAAGCAGCUCGUGCAAGAUUAAGCAAUUUAGCACUUGUGAAACCAGACAAAGCAAAAGCAGUAGAGAAUUAUCUUAUACAGAUGGCAAGAUUUGGACAGCUAGCUGGAAAGGUAUCGGAACAAGGUUUGAUAGAAAUACUUGAAAAAGUGAGUCAGCAAACAGAAAAGAAAACAACAGUAAAGUUCAACAGAAGGAAAGUAUUAGAUUCUGAUGAAGAGGAUGAUUAUUAAUACUACUGUAAGACUGUCUGCCAAACAAAAGGCCUGGAAGAAGGCAAGAUACUGUUAUUGGACAGAAUGCAAGAUCUGAAUAUGUUUACGCUUCUUUACUAUUUUUUUUUUUUUCCUAAUAGAAAGGCCAACAAAUGAACUUGUAAAAUAAAUCUGAGAAGGGGAUUUUGUAACAAAUUUUUGUAGUAUGAGGCCUAAGCAGUGUGGGGUUCCCCACUGCUUUGUUAGCAUGAAUGUUUUGUUGCCCCUUACUCAGUGUGUAAGCUAUGCUUUCAGCAACUGCACACACUUAACUUGCUGCUGUUGGAGAUACCGUAACAUGAGGAGGAGCUAAAUGUAAAGCUGGGAACAGCCCCUCCCUCCACGAGUUUAAAGACUUAACCUCUGGGCUCUAAAUCAAGAAGUGUUAGAAGUGAGAAUUCCUGAGCCCCUGAAGAAAGCCUAUCCAGCAGCUCACUGGCUCUCAAGUCCUUACUGGAAAUUUAUAAAAUAAAGUGAAGGUAUCAAAGUAGUGUUUGGAUCAGAGGACUUCAUAUCAGGCAGUCUGUGUAAAGAAAUUGUAACCAGCAUACGAUUGAACUGUUCCCCUAUGAAAUAACCAAGCUAUCUCAAAAAAAGCAAGUUAACUGUGUAAUACAGCACUGUUCAGACACUUAGUAUCAUAUAUUCUUAAAACUACCUCCAUUUUUAUCAAAUGGCUGGAGUGUUUCUUACCUUGGAAAAAAAAGAGCGUUUUCCUAAACUUUCUGCAACUCCUGCAUGCGUGAAGUAAAACUGAACUUGUGCCGUACAUUUAUUCAAAAAUAUGGUUAUGGAAAUAUGUAAGAUAAAUACUGUAACAUGCUGAUGAACACUCUGCCACCACAAAACCCUUUUCUGACAUAAUUUAACAGGAACAUGUAUGAUCCCAACUGCACUGUUUUUUGGAACAGAAUAAAACCGUUUAAAGUGA